GGACCCCCCGGCCCUCGAGGUCCCGCCGGAGCCUCCGGAGCAUCUGGACCUCAAGGACCCCCCGGAGGCAUCGGGAAUGUAGGACCCCCCGGGGAGAAGGGCGCUCCUGGGGAACCCGGAACUCCAGGAAUCCAGGGAGAGCCAGGAGUCAAGGGUCCCCGCGGGGAAAGGGGGGAAAAGGGAGAAUCCGGAGCCUCCGGAGCCGCCGGACCCCCAGGAGGGAAAGGCCCCCCUGGAGACGACGGUCCCAAAGGAAACCCCGGUCCUGUGGGAUUCCCCGGUGAUCCUGGAGCACCCGGAGAGAUGGGCCCCAGGGGCCAGGAUGGAGCCAAGGGGGAGAGAGGGGAGGAUGGAGAGCCCGGAGAGCCGGGCUCUCCGGGUCCCACGGGCGAGAACGGACCCCCUGGACCCCUCGGCAAGAGGGGUCCCGCCGGAUCGCGCGGCCCCGAGGGGCGUCAGGGCGAGAAGGGGGCCAAGGGAGAAGCCGGAGCUGGAGGCGCUCCCGGGAAAACGGGGCCUGUGGGACCCGCGGGAGCCACCGGGAAAACAGGACCCGACGGACUGAGGGGGUUGCCAGGAGCAGUGGGAGCACAAGGAAAACCGGGAAUGAGGGGCCAGGCAGGACCCCCCGGACCGGUGGUGAGGGAAUAUUGGAUCGACCCCAACCAGGGCUGUUCCCGGGAUUCCUUCAAGGUCUUCUGCAACUUCACGGCUGGGGGCGAGAGCUGCGUCUUCCCGGCCCCGGAAUUCCGGGAGGUGCCACUGGAUCUGGAGGCGUCUCUGACUCCACUCUGGUUCAGCCAAUCCCAGGCGGGAAAACGGUUUUCCUACCGGGAUUCGGAGCUGCGGCCGCUGCCGGUGGUGCAGGUGACGUUCCUGAGGCUCCUCAGCACCUCCGGCCACCAGAGCUUUGGGAUCCGCUGCCCCCGGAACGCCGGGAAUAGCGAUGGGAAUAACGGGAAUAGCGAUAGGAAUGAGGGAAUGCUGCGGUUCCUGGGAGCCAACGAGGAAGAGCUGGGAUCAUCCCAGUCCGGAUCCCACGCCAAGGCCCGGCUGGACGGAUGCGGGUCCCGGGUGCUCCUGGAGCUGCGGCCAGAGCAGCUCCCGAUCCAGGAUUUCCAGCUGGAAUUGCCUGGGAAUUCCCAGGACCGGCGGCUCCAGGUGGGGCCCGUCUGUUUCCUGGGAUAA